AUGAAUAUUCAGCCGUUAGCGAUUGGCAACGAUCCUAUAAUGGAAGAUAUUAAGGCGGAUGCUGCGAAUACAGAAACAUUAGGGCUUCGAUCAUCUGUGGAAGCGGAAUUAGAUAUAACAUCUCCCGUAAGACGACCUACACGCGGCCAUGGAGCUGGACCAGAGGAUCUUACUUCGAACGAAAAGGCUGGAUUCGCUUCAAAAUCUCGAAGAGGAAAGAAAUUACAGAGGGAGAGAGUGCAAAAGAUGUUCAAAAAGGAGAAAGCAAGACAAGAGGCACUCGAUACUUACUUUCCUUGUCAUGCCUUUAAUCAAGAUGGCUCGAGCUCCCCAAAUGAGACUAUCGGUGCUUAUUUCGGAUACGCGUGCUAUUUACAAGUAGAGGCUCGCUCAUCAUUUUAUGGGCUUCGUAGUGCUGGGGAUGUCUAUUUUACCUGGGACGAUAUCAAGAACUCCUCGAGAAAUCUCAUGGUAUAUUCUAGCAAUGUUCUCGAUUUGGAUCUCUUGAACUGGUUCAACACCAUUCAAGUUUCCGUUUCCUCCAGAUUUACCACCCUUGCUGAUAGAACGACCACCGCCAAUGCAGCAGUUUGCGGUAGGGAUGUUACUCACGCAUUCCAGUCAUCAGAUGAUAAGAAGAUUGCGCAAUGUUUCGAACAGAUUAUCAAAGUUGGAAGUGUUGAUACUAAAUCUGUUGGAUGUAUCGCUUCUAAAGUUGUCCUUUAUGUAUCCUUGGCAUUCAUUCUAGCCAUCGUCUUCGUCAAGUUUAUUUUAGCUUUGAUAUUUCAAUGGUUUAUCGCUUCAAAAUACGCUGCCUCAAAAACUUCUCAGUCAUCCGAUCCUAAGAAGCGCCAACAACAAAUUGAAGAGUGGUCCGAUGGUAUCUACCGAGCUCCUCCAAGAAUGGCCGAGUGGGAGCCAUACGGAUUUCCCUUAGCUCACGCAAUUCUUCUCGUGACGGCCUAUUCUAAAGGUGAACUUGGUAUCCGUACGACACUCGAUUCCAUCGCUACAACCGAUUAUCCAAACAGUCACAAAACUAUCUUAGUCAUUUGUGAUGGUAUCAUUAAGGGUGAGGGUGAACCGAGGACAACACCAGAUGUUGUUCUUGGUAUAAUGAAGGAUUUUGUAACCUCUGUAGAAGAAGUUCCGGCUUUCUCUUACGUAGCGGUGGAAAAAGGAUCGAAGAGAUAUAACAUAGCCAAAGUUUACGCUGGAUUCUACAACUAUAAUGCUGAUUCUACUAUCAACACUAACAAACAACUUAGAGUGCCGAUGGUGUGCAUUGUAAAGUGUAGUACUCCCGAAGAGUCUACACACCGCAAACCUGGAAAUCGAGGCAAGCGCGACAGUCAAAUUAUCUUAAUGUCUUUCCUACAAAAAGUAAUGUUCGAUGAACGUAUAACCGAAUUGAAGUUUGAGAUCUUUAAUGGGUUUUAA